AUGUACUAUCCUUAUGCAAUUCAAGAAUCGGAGGAGAACGGUUCUGACUAUGUUUCGGCUUAGGAUUUGGAAUAAUCAGAAAGAAUUGCCAAUACCUCUCAAAGAAGUCUUUCUGAUUAUUAAGUUCGAUAGGGCAUGUUUGAGGAUUCAGCUGAUUCAUAUUCUGAUUACGAGGACUAAUACCAAGAUGUAUAGUUAAUAGAUCAAAGCAGAAUAGUAAAUUUGUAAGAGGUCAAAGUAUUUUUGGAUGAAGUUAUUUGUCCAAUAUGUUUUCAUAUAAUCAUUGAUCCCAAGAUUUGCAAAGAAUGUGAUCAAGCCUUUUGUAGCAUUUGCAUAGAGAGAUGGUUCCAAAAAAGUGUAAAUCAAUAAUGUCCAUGUUGUCGAAAGGGAGUUAAUAAAAGGAACGAGUGUAUGUAUGGGAAAGUGCCAAAGGUAAUGCUCAAUUUGUUAAGUAAAUUGAUGUUAACUUGCAGAUAUAGCUCAGAAGGAUGUGAGGAAAUUAUAUCUUAUGACUUUCGUGAAAAGCAUGAGAAUCAGUAUUGUUAAUACUAGGAAUAGAGUUGUGAGAAUGCCGGUUGUUAUGAGACUAUGUUUCGUAAAGAUUUUGAAGAUCAUCAAUUAGAAUGUAGAUAUGGCAUAGUUUAAUGUAAAUAUUGUUCAGAGGAUAAGCUUAGAAUGGAUAUUGAAUUGCAUUUACAAGAAUGUAAUUGUAGACCAAUAUUAUGUGAAUGGUGUCAAGAAAAGUUUUAACACGUAGAAAUUGAUGAACAUUUUAAGCAAUGCGAAUUUAAGGACAUUAUUUGUGAAUAUUGUAAGAGAGUAUACAAAUAAUAUGACAUGGAAUAACAUACUCCCAUUAAUUGUCUGAAAAGUCUUUAUAGAAGUUCUCUUGAAUUAAGUUAGCAAAAAGAUGAAAAAAUUUUGGAAUUGCAAAAAUAACUUGAGUUUUUAAAGUAAACCAAAUCUAUGGAACAGUCUGAUCUAAAUCAAUCAACCGAUGAAAUCUUGAGUGAAAAAUAUAAAUAAGAUUUUGAAGUUGAUGUUGAAGAAGUCAUUGAGGAAGACAUUCAAAUUGAAGAUAGUGAAUAAGAACAAUUUCAAUAAAAUGAUCGUUAUAAUGAGGAUUAAAACUAAUCUGAUUAGAAAUCUGAAAAUCUAUCUAAUGACAAUCAAGACUAAUACAAUAUGGAUGAGUAAUUAGAUUUUGCUGAAAUACCUUCAAUCUAAGAAAUCAAGAUGAGAGGCCUAUUUACUUCAUUCUUAGAAAAAUUCACUGACAACAAAUUUAAAGAUCUUUGGGAUUGGUCUGAAGAAGAAUUAAAUCAAGUAAUUGAUUGGCUUAAAUGA